UCCCCCCUCUCCUUUUCGCGGUAGCAGUAGUAGGAAGGCGCAUCUCCGCAAACAGGUCACAUUUCACUCUAGUCGCAUCCUCGUCUUCUUCUACAGAAGAGAAGCUAUAUCGAGUGCCGCGCGCCUUUUCUAAGCGCUUACCAUGGUGAUAAUGACCGAAUUGGGGGUCCUUCUCGUCCCGGUGAUGAUGCUGGUGGGAUCCACCUUGCAGGUGGAAAUUAAGAACGGGAAAGAGGCUGAAAAAACUGGGAAUUUCAUGGAAGACGAGCAUUGGCUGUCCACCAUUUCACAGUACAGCCGCAAGAUCAAGCACUGGAAUCGCUUCAGAGACGAAGUAGAGGAUGACUAUGUGCGGACCUUGGAUGAGAAUCAGGGAGGCUCUAAUGAAAAUGUUGACACCACCAAGGACCCCUGUCAGAAGGUGAAGUGUAGUCGACACAAGGUGUGUAUCGCCCAGGGAUACCAAAGGGCUGUGUGUGUCAACCGCAAGAAGCUUGAGCACAGACUGAAGCAGCCUUCCCUGAGGUCUCCUGAAGGAGGAUGCCAGCCCUGCCCCAUCUCCUCCUCUGUUCCUGUGUGUGGCUCUGACGGACACAACUACGCGUCACAGUGUAAACUGGAGCAGCAGGCGUGCCUCACAGGGAAGGAGCUGACUAUGAAGUGUUCAGGUCUUUGUCCCUGUCCAACCACAGCGCCCAUCACGGAGACAGAGGUCAAGCAUGAGAGUUGUACAGGGCAGGACCUCUCUGAUCUGGGGGAGAGGCUGAGGGACUGGUUCCAGCUGCUGCAGGGCAAUGCCAAGCUGAACAACAACAGCAAGACUGGAGGCAGCAACCCUGCAGGAGCUAACACUGGAUCAGUCAUGGACAGGAACGUGGUGGCCAGCUGUAAGGACUCUAUAGGUUGGAUGUUCUCAAAGCUGGACACCAACAGUGAUCUGUAUCUGGACCAGGCCGAGCUGGCAGCCAUUAACCUGGACAAGUAUGAGGUCUGCAUCCGACCCUUCUUUAACUCCUGCGACUCCUACAGGGACGGGAAGGUGUCUACAGCCGAGUGGUGCCUCUGCUUCUGGAGACAGAAGCCCCCCUGCCUGGCUGAGCUGGAGAGGAUCCAAGUACAGGAGGGAGGCAAGAAGAAAUUGGGUCUGUUCAUCCCUAGCUGUGAUGAGGAUGGAUACUACAGAAAGCUACAGUGUGAUCAGGCCAGGGGAGAGUGCUGGUGUGUCGACCAACACGGUGGGGAACUGGCCAGCUCCAGAAUCCAUGGCAACCCUGACUGUGAUGAGGCGCUGACAUAUUCAGGUGAUUUUGGCAGUGGGGUCGGAUGGGAGGAUGAGGAAGAGAAAGAAGCGGAGGAGAAUGAAGAGGAAGAGGAAGGAGAGGCGGAUGACGGAGGAUAUAUUUGGUAGAGGUGAAGAAAUAAUGGAGUCUAGCUGGUCCAACAUUACUACCGGAGCAUCUCAACUUCUCUUGCUUUCUCUGUCUCUUACACACACACACACACACACACACACACACACACACACACACACACACACACACACACACACACACACACACACACACACACACACACACACACACACACACACACACACA